CCCGCUUUUCAGUUCCCUGCCAGACGUGCGCUCUCGCUGUCGUGUGUUCUCGAUCGCGAGAAAUCGAACAGAAGUCGAACUCGGAUAAUACCUCUGGAUCUCCCCCGGCACAUGGAGAUAUGGUGAAACUCUGCCUUCCGAUCGGAAAAUCCCAGCGCGCGUCUCCAUACGACUCAAGAUCAGUGGCCGAUUCGCAGAUGGCUUGAGGUCCAUAAAAGCGCAGGCCACUCGCGAUUUUCGUGUCACUCAAAGCCGGUCCUCAGAACCGAAAAGUUCCCGACCAAGACGGGGCCUUACCAACUCGGUGCAGCUUAAGCCUCCGAUAUUAUAAGCCGAAAUUCGAUCAAAUCAAGGGCCUUCAUCGGUGUGCCAGCCAAAAACGGUUCCACUAAAGCGGCGAGAGCGAAACUAAAGUGAAAAGCAAACCGACUAAUUGAAGUGUCUGUCGGUGACUCGCAAACGUGCAAAGGAAACAAACAAAACGGAAUAGGCAACAUAUCACAAAGAGCCACCGCACAAAAUAUUUAUAAAUAAAUACCCGCCGACGACAACUACGGCUACAGUAUCACCUGCCAGCGAUAUAAAGGCCCGGCAUUAACAUUUAGUCGUGCCAGUUUGUUUAUUCUUUAUAUGCGCAAGGCCCAUAAAAAGCACAGAUCAACAAUAAUAUCUUAACAGCCACAGCGGCGGCAUAGAAAACAAAGUUGUAGCAAUAGAGGAAAUCGGUACAAGCCUCCACCGAUCCGCCAAUCUCCUGCUGUAUUAUAAUCCCCGACGCAGACGGUCACCGUCCAUAGAACAUUUCCAACUGAAAACGAAAACCCACCUGGUAAACCUCAAGAUGAUGAUGAUGACGCCUAUGUGGAUAACGAUGCUCAAAGUCCUGGUGCUACUGACCGCCUUAUUUACCUCGAUAGUUUAUAUCAAUAUCGAAAUAAUGAAGCGUCAAGAGGCCGAGUUGAAGGCAGCGAAGGCAGAGGCCGACUUUCAAGCCCUUUUGGCUUGCACGAUGGAAACGGAGUCCGGAAGGUCAGGAUGUUACCAUUUCCAGUUCGAGGCCAAGGAGUAUGACGGUAUCAUCCAACAAAUAUUUAAACUAAAUAAUGAAAAAGGAGUUGUACUUUUUAAUACGACGACCGCGGACAGUGCAUCCCUCAUGCCCAUACCCACCCAGCGGGGCGGUACGUCCCAGAAUCAGUCCCCGAUCCCCGAACCGAACCGCCAUUACCAUCAGUAUCACAGCCUGAGCCAGUCAGACCAAGAUCAAUUCUUCAAAAAAAGCGCCGAGGUGCAGUCCGACCAGCCCCAUCUCCAGCGACACCCAUCGGACACCUUUGUCUUCCCCGAUUCCCCCCUAGCCACCUAUCGGCCGCCCCUGACUCCGCCCCUGACUCCGCCCCAGGCCCUGGCCAAUGCCACCGACAAGCUGAAGCCCUGCCGCAAGAACAGCAGCGAUCAGUUGAAGACCUUCUGCACCGAGGUGGACGACUACCCGGAUCUGUCCAAGUUCAAGGCCAAGCUGGAGCAGACGUACGCCAAGUUCUUCAUGAACGAGCCGCAGCCCACGGACGUGAGCUCGCGCGUGGGCGGCGACUCCGACGAGCUGUACCUCUGCAAGAGCACCAGGAGGAUCAUAUAUCCGAAGAAGGGCCAGAAGUCGGACAACACCUGGCAGUUGAUCGUCAAUGACGACGAGUACAAGCAGGGCAUUCAGAUCGAGGAGUGCGAGCAAGAGGGCAGCACCUGCGAUUAUGCCUCCAACUUUCCGCAGCAUUAUCGCCCGAUCUGCAAGCAGCACUACAUACAGCAGACCCUGGUCAGUAUUCAGGGCGACGACGUGAGCCAGGGCUCCUUUAGGAUCCCGUCCUGCUGCAAGUGCGCCCUGAAAGUUCUGUGAGUCCGCCGACCGGCGCCUCUCCAGUCGAUUGUUGCGUAAAUGUGAUUUUGAGCCUCAAGUUGCACCCAUCACAUAGAAUGGCAGGCCAAACUAUCCAGGGGUCGUUGAAUUAUUUGAUAAUCUGCACACAAAAUACACUUGUAAUCUGCCCCCGAACGCAGAGCCCACACAUAGACUAAUGUGCAUAUUAUUUUAGAGUUUUAAAUCGAGUCACUGUAAACAUAUUCGUGUCAUAUAUUCGUUUUUGGCUUCCCCGUCUGAUGUCUAAGCCAGAAAUGCAUGCAAUUAAUUAGUCCUAGAAUAUAAAAAUACCAACACAAAACAAGUAAAGCAAGAAAUAUCCAUAAAAUGUAUGUUAAAGAGAGAUAAUGUAUAAUAAAUGUAUGCGAGUACAUGACAGCAAAGUAAA